GUCCUAAUGGUCAUAAUAAGCCAGAGUGAUUUCACAAUUAGAUGCAUCUAAAGCAAUUCAUCUCACUUAGAAACAAACCUUUCAGUUGUUUCGUCGUCUCAGUGCAUGUAAAUCAUCUGGCACAUUUCCCUGGGCCCUGUGACAGACACUGUAUAAUACCAUGAUUUUGAUCUACUUCCACGCUGCUGAACAGUUCCAGUAGGAUGAGAGUGCUACAGAGAGGACGCUUUGUCCUGUGUGUGAGAAAUACAUUAUCCCUGCGGCCCUUGGGUGUGUUCACUGCUGCUAUGCUUUGUUGCGUCCUAUGAAAGGUAAUGAUGACCGAAGGGACUGGGACUUUGCUCGGCCUGCCAUGCAUAUCAGACACACUGAUCUUGGGUGAGACAAAUUGCUCAUUGUUAUCAUUGGCACUUGUGGCCUGUUGUCGGGUUUAAGUCUGUGAAUGAUUUACUGUAUCAAUGAGGAAUGUCUGGUUCCCUGCUGGGGAAGAAUCCAAACUGUCUGUCCACUAGGUGGUGAUCUUAUCUUGUUUCCUCCUUUUUUGGACUUGAUGACUGAACUUAGACUCACACCAAGCUCUUUUUAGUUAACAGUUACUACCAUUCCUCCUCAGAGAGUAUGCAUGUAAUAAGCUGCAUUUAUUGCUUUAGGGAUAGUUUGUCUCCAGAAUGUCAACCUAGAGUUUGUCAGCUUGACAGCCAGUCAAUAACGGACACACACCGGUCCUGUCAGCCGGAGCAUCAGCUGCAGUAUUAAUAUCAUCAGUCUUCAGUUUGGCCUUAAUAACAUGAGGCAUAAUGCAGCAUUUUAGACCAAAUGGCCAUCAGUCAGUCAGGAGUCCAUUGAGUUAUAGUGAUUUCAUGCCACUGCCGUCCACUGGGAAGCCCUUGGGCCACAGACCUGCUCUCACAAGUGCUCUAAGACAUGCAGACUAACCUCUCUUUGCUUAACACACAGUGCUCUAUUGAACAGUGUCAAGCGCUGUUGCACUCUGUUUGAUCUGCAGCCGCGAUGUUUGAAAUUUUGUGGGCUGCGGACUCCAAUUAACCUCCAUUUUGGCGAGCAAAUCUGCAGCGCGCCUCGUGCUCUAAAUGUCACAUUGUCAGUUAUCUCACAGCUUUUGUAAAAUGGAUUUUGUAUUGCUCCUGCCAAGUUUCAUGCACAAGGAUCUGAGUCAGUGACAGCUGUGAUGAUGGCAGGCUUUGUCAGACGGCGUUUGAAAACCGGUCCCUUCCCGUGAGGGUGAGAAGGGAGAAAAAUGUUUUCUGUCUGCUCCAAUAUCAAGCGUCCAAGCAGCAGAGACCUGGCCUGAUGGCUUGAAAUCUGCGGUUGCUUUUUGAACUUUGUGUUUACCAAUCACACAGCCACGCCCUGAGGCAUUGCAGCUACAGUAGCCUCACUGUACAGCCAAGAUUCACACGUGUUUACUCGGUGUCAGGUUGGUACCACCAUAUUGCAGUGACUGCAAAUUCUUGUGUAAUUAAAAUGCUCCCGGAUGAUGAGGGGCGGGGGUACUUGACUCGACCUGCAGAUCAACGUCCCUGAGUUUCCUUCUCUUUGCAUGUGCAGGAAUUUGCGCAGUGGCCGGAGCCUCCACCGCAUUCCUCCUGAUACUCACCACACUGGUUAAGUCUCAGUGGGGCUCUUGACGGGCUGGUCCGCUCGCAUGCCCUGGAAAGAUUUCCAAAGAAAUUGUCAUGUUGUUUGUUAAGAUAAUUACCUGUUCUCUCCCAGGAGUUUUGUGCUAUAAAUAUGCAAAAGCAGCCUUCAUGUCUUUUAGUUUUAAAAUGUAAAUAUGCUCCUCACAGCGCAUUUUAAGAGUACAUUUCCAGACUUUCAGAAGUGAUUUACUUUCAGCCGCAGAGACAAAUUCAUUGACUGCGAUACCCUUCACAGUAUGUCUAUUUUUCUUUUUGUUCGAGACGUUGUUAGGGCUGUUUUGUGUAGGAUGUGGGUAGAUGUAUCCUGCUGUCCUGCUGUGUCAGUGCCCACUGUGCUGCUUGCCCAUGAGUCCGCUCAGCUGUGCUCUCACAAAGCCUUGAGGGAAUAAAAGAGCCAAGCCACUGAAAAGAAAGCGGAGCUUGUUGUGUGACCACCUUUUGUGUCCUUUCUUCCAAAGCUCUUCUUUAAGAGACAAGAAGCCAUCUGCCUGCAGACAAAGGAGCGCAGCCCUCGUCCUCCCUCCCGACCUCGCAAGGCUAAAAUAUCUCCAAGUGGUCUAUUCCUCAUCUGUCCCCUCAGACUUAGCUGUAGAGCUGAAUUGUAUGGUAUGGUAUGUGUAGGUCUUUCCAAAGAAUGUCAAGCACAAUGACAAAUAUCUUCACCUGUCCUGUCACUCUUGCAGCUAUCAGCCGGUUAACUGCUGCCCCCAGACAUCAGAAACAAAAAGAUAUUGCUGGUACACAAAAGAGCUGCCAAUCCUUUCAUUUUAUCUCAGCUUUGUAGAAUUUGCUCUCCGCUUCACCGCUUUGCUUUUGCUCCAGCUCUUUGUCAUGACAAAUCCAACGCUCACUGGCUUUCUGACCUUCCCUCCCUCAUUAAUAACUCACUUCGGCCUUGAUUUUCCGUGAUGUCGUCCCAAGAUCAGGCUCAGCUGUCGUGUAGACUAGCUGCUUGGCAUAAAAUCUUGCAGAUAUUUGUUAUUUGGCAUGUGCUCUGCACUGCUGUCAGUGCUGUGUACCUCGGUUCAGAGCUUCUUGAUUAAUUAGAAAAGCACACAGCCUUGCGGUGCUGUUUACUGGUUGUUUACAAGCAGAGCUAAUAGGGACAAAUUCAGCAUGAACGUAGCAACAGCCCCCCACUGGUAAUACACUGUAUGGCUGCAGACCUGCAAAUGAGCCGCCUGUGGGAUUUUACUUGGAUUUGGGCACUCCGGGAUUAUUCCCUGUGUAAGGAUUAUGGCAGUAAUCCCUCCCAAUCCCAGUUGAUGGUCUGGCUCUGCUGGUCCUCUAAGACAAAUGAUUGUGAUUGCAGGAGUAGUCUGCUGUCAGAGUGUCUGGAAGAUCCAGUCUGGACGGCUGUGUGGGGAAUUCCACCAGCCGGCUGACAUAGCUGGAGGUCAAGAUCUGCUUGAAUUACGAGGACGCAGCCUCGGCUCUGUCAGGCCAGAGAUUCUUGGGUUGGUCUUUGAGCAGUUGAGUGACCCGUUUAGGAGACCCAGUGCUGGCUGAGAGCUGUGGUCUUAUCUCCAGUGAAGUGAAGUGGAGUGUGUCCGGAAGGCAGCGUGCUAAUGGGAGUGCACUCUAUGCUAUAAAGAGGGCGUCUGCACUAUUGAUCCUUCUUUACAGAGCUGUUGAGCUGUGUGAAGCGGUCCUGACAGCAGCCGACCGCCCUCACUCUCAACCUCCUGGCCCCUCCCUUCAGGGACCGUGUUCUCUCUCUUGCUUUCCUUUCUGGGCGUGUGAAAGAGGGCCAUUGUGUGAGGCACACUCCUGCCCUCAGGCCGCCCACUACCAAUCCUGCUCCCCCUGCUCCUCUUGCUCGCUGCUGCCACCGGAUUCAGACCAGAUGCAGAGUCAACCCCGUGCUGGCUGUCAUCAGUCGCCCUCCUGGGUCAGAGGGGAGUGGAGUUUAGCUGCUGCCUCUGCGCUGGGCUGUAGCCGGCAGCGUCUGCUGCACAGCACCCACGUCUCCCCUCCGCAUCUUUCCCCAGAGGAGAUGGAGAGUCUGUGGAAGCCCGACCAGGCGAGCAUGGAGGCUGAAGACAACAGAGGAGGUUUGGGAGGAGAGCUGAUUACCCACAAGGCUAAAAGACAAGAGAGGAAGCGUCAGGAGCUGCUGGCUUUGGCUCUGGGAGUCAAGGUACACACCUUUCGAGGGCCACACUGGUGCGAGUAUUGUGCCAACUUCAUGUGGGGCCUCAUCGCCCAGGGUGUCCGCUGCUCAGACUGUGGGCUGAAUGUACACAAACAGUGCUCCAAACUGGUUCCCAGCGACUGCCAGCCGGACCUGCGCAGGAUAAAGAAAGUGUUCAGCUGUGACCUCACCACACUCGUCAAAGCUCACAACACGACACGACCCAUGGUGGUGGACAUGUGCAUUCAAGAGAUAGAGCUGAGAGGUAUGAAAUCUGAAGGUCUCUACCGAGUGUCUGGCUUCUCAGAGCACAUAGAGGACGUGAGGCUCGCCUUUGACCGAGACGGUGAAAAGGCUGACAUCAGUGCCAGUGCCUAUGCAGACAUCAACAUCAUCGCUGGUGCUUUGAAGCUUUAUUUGAGAGACCUUCCCAUUCCAGUCAUUACGUUUGACUUGUACUCCAAAUUUAUUCAAGCUGCAAAAAUUCCAAAUGCUGACACCAGACUGGAGGCCAUCCAUGAGAGUCUGCUGCAGCUCCCCCCAGCCCACUAUGAGACCCUGCGUUACCUGAUGGCUCACCUCAAGAGGGUGACACUGUUCGAAAAGGACAAUUUAAUGAAUGCUGAGAACCUGGGGAUUGUCUUUGGUCCAACACUAAUGCAGCCGCCGGAGAUGAAUGCCUUGACAACCCUGAAUGACAUGAGGCAGCAGAAACUGGUGGUGCAGCUGAUGAUAGAGCAUGAAGAUGUCUUAUUCUAAGGACUAAGGCAUGCAGGCCUUAUAACAGAAACGAAGGACACUUAUUUAUUCUGUCAAAGAGGAAAUUCAAGCCACCUUGAUUCUAAUGAAGUUUCAGAAUAGUUUGUAAUCAAAUUGAACUUGAACCGCUUCUUUCUCGCAUGACUGUUUAAGUUGAAGUUGGUUUAGUGUUGACAUUGUCUUGUUACUGUAAGUUUUGGGUUUUCAUAGUCAGCCAAGACCAUCAUUUUUAUAUUUGGAGAUGAUCCAGUAUUUUUAGCUACCUACAGUGCUGUUCCCUCGUCUCUUUAAUUUAAAGACUGUCACUACCUGGUGUAGACUCAGUCAUGAUGACAGCACAGUGUGAAAUCUGCCUCAGGCAGGUCGUCAAUCAGUGAAGGCCUGGUGCUGUAUAAACCGAGCCUCGAGGCAGCAGCCGGGCUUCCUCUCCCACAUGAUUUGUGUGCAUAUUGUGAUUUUAGUGGGAACACUGGUUAAAAUUUCAUUGUAGAUAAAAAAAAAAAGAAAUCAGAUCAUGCAAUGAUCAAUAUUUUAACUGUGUAUUAAAAUAUGACAGAUGAGACAAUUGAGCGCUCAUGAAGCACUUUUUUGCAACAAGUGUAAAGAUUUAUUUUGUAAAGAUGUUUAUUUUUGUCUUUUACUCUGCAUCAUGUCCUUUUGUCACAAUAAUAUAUAGUGUUGAGAAUGAUGUUUGUUGAAUUGAUGUCUAAAUACAAAACUAUACACAAGAGAAAAGAAGAAUCAGAACAGCGACAGUUUGUGGAUUUUCAUUUUCAUUUUCAUUUGCAGUGUACUCAGUGUUAUGGUGAGUUAUGGUGGAUUAAAUAUUGGUCUUUUUAAUUCACAUCAUAUUGCAGACUGUGCACCAUGUGAGCAACCAUGCACACAUAUUGGUUGGCAGUUUUGUAAUAAAUCCAUUUACAUGCUGUAAUUUGAAAUAUUUUCACAAGAAAAAUAUGACCCUGGCCUUUUUUGUUUGUUUGUAUGCAAGUAACAUCGCUCCGUGCAGCAGUAGUAGCCUUUCACUUCACAAUGCCAUAGAGGUUUAUAGUCGUACUACAGCUGUGCCCAGCAUGUUGCCUUCACAGUUGGUUUGAUGUUUGAUGUAAAUCCUUUCUACAAAUCCAUUUUAUCAAAAUGUAUUUUUGUGACGGUUGCAAUUAAAAAUGUAAUUUAUCAAAUGAUGAUUUAUUAAAGGAUAGAAAACUUCAG